CCGGAAGAGCAGCUGGAGAGCAGUCCUCAAGCUCUGUCUGUGCUAAGUAUAGGACAGCCAGCUAUGCCACUUUAGCCUAGAACCACCCCCAAGUCCUGGAGCACACUGGCACUUGAACUGAAUUUCCAGGCAAAAUGAACAUUCAGGAGUAUUUUGGAAGAAUAUCUUACAACAAGCCCCAUAAGGAUGCAGACUUGCAAACUCUGACAGCCAUCUUCCAGCAUCACAUCCAGAGCAUUCCUUUUGAGAACCUCAGCAUGCACUGUGGGGAGCCCAUCGAACUGGAUUUGCAGGCUAUUUACAAUAAGAUUGUGAGAAAGAAACGUGGUGGAUGGUGCCUGGAAACUAACUACCUCCUCUUCUGGGCCCUGCAAGAAUUAGGGUAUGACAUCUGUAUUCUUGGUGCAAACAGCUAUGAACCAGCAGAGAAGGGAUAUGAUGCUCAGAUAAACCAUAUCCUGCUGAAGGUGGUGAUCAAGGGAGAGCCCUACAUAGUAGAUGCUGGGUUUGGUGGUGCCUACCAGAUGUGGCAGCCGCUGAUGCUGAUUUCUGGGAAGGACCAACCCCAGGCUCCUGGCAUUUUCCGCUUCACGGAAGACAACGGCACCUGGUACUUGGAGAAAGUCAAAAGGAAGCAUUACAUUCCUGAGCACAGCAAGAAUGACUUCCCUCAUACUCCGGAACUGGGGAAUAUAAGAAAAAUACAUAAAUUUACCCUCGAGCCACGGCAUAUAGAUGACUUCCAGGAGCUAAAUGCAUACCUGCAAGUGUCUCCAGAUAACCUCCUUCGGAAGAAGUCAAUCUGCAGUCUCCAAACCACCAGUGGGGUCCUUGCCUUAGUUGGAUGGACCCUCACUGAGAUGAAGUACAACUACACAGAGGACAUGGACCUGGUGAACAUCACAACCCUUGAAGAUGAAGAGGUUGAGAAAACACUGAAAGAUAAAUUCAGUAUAGAACUGGAGAACAAACUCGUACCAGUAAAUGUUCGUGGCUUGCCACCUAAUUUAGUGGAUAAGAUCUAACUGUAACACUGUGCUAGAUGGAUCUUUAAAUAGCCAAGAGGAAAAUUCUAAAAUUAACAUUAAUUACAAUAAUCUCAUUUUUAACUCGAGGUAGUCACAAAACUUGGUAAAUUCCAGUACAUUGCUAAUUAACUGCAUAUAUCAAUUGCAUAUUUUUUAUUAAACCUCUCCUUCUUUAGAAACCAAGACAUCUUACUAGCUCUGUUUUGCUCAUAUGGAAGUUGGUUUUUGACUCCUUAACUUUUUGUUCACCUUCUCAAGAACUCAUUUUAUUGCAGACAUAUUU